GGGUGUCUUAUCAAUUGCACGAGAGCACCCAAGUGAUCCCUCUGGGUGCACAGUCCACCUGUUCCCAGUGCAGAUCAAACGCUGCUUAAAAUGCUGCUUUUCCCAGCACUGCUGAGAUAAGCCGGUGCCCUCCUCUAUAAAGGCAGCCACGAGAGGAGCGAGGUGCACAAGCUUGUGCGUCUGCGCCGGCCAUGCCUGCGAGGGAGCUGCUGCUGGCGGUGGUGGUGGCACUGGUGACUUUCAUCGCUGCUACUGGAGCAGAGCUGAAUGAAGGGAAUGGCUCGAGAAGGCCAGUAUGUGGAGACAUGGUCGAACUGCAGGCCUGCCCCCUCCUGUACUUGCCUGUCUGUGGGACCGAUGGGAACACCUACGCCAAUGAAUGCCAGCUCUGUGUGCAACAAAUGAAAACCAGACAAGACAUCUGGAUUUUGAAAGACAGGGAGUGUCAAGAUAUCUGAGCUUUCUGGUAGCUUUCCUGAGCCUAGAAACUGAUGAUUAAUUGAUCCUGUGUGCUCUGUGCUGGUUGCACAUUUAAGUUAGAGAUAGUGAACAAUAAAAUGACAUGCACAA